CGGCAUAAAAAGGGUGGGUCUGCGCCGGGGAGGGGAGAAGCGCCACCGCCUGAGGAAUUUCAACUAUUCAACAUGGAGGCGACGGUUUCGAAGCUAGAGACCCUGUUCCUGAAUGCAGAAUCUGAUCUCAAUUACAUCCAGGCCAAGUUGGAGUUUGAAGUGAGCAAAGGACUCCCGGAUGGACUUUCUCAAGAGGAAAACCCAUUGGUCCUUAUUCAGCAACUUUCGUUGGUGAAAUCUCGUUACAAAACCGUGUGUGAUCGGCUCCAAAAAAUUUCCAUCGAGAAGCAAGAGUCCAUGCGCUCGAUGCGCGCCACCCUUGCCAAGACAAUGAAGCUGGUUCAGGAAAUACAGCAUCACGCCAGCAUGGAGACCUCACCUCUUUCUGAAGAAGAGCAGCUUGCGGUGCAACACUUAAAGCUCCACACGCCUGAAGUUACCGAAGUUCCGGCAAAACAGGACUGUCCAAAUGAACACGAAGCCCACUGAUGCCGAUUGAUGUUAAAAAUGAGGACAUAACUUGUGGUUUAUUUGUUUUUGACUAUAUAUAGUUUUUGUUGACCAUUCUAUUUUUGUACAGAGCCUAAAGUGUUUGUAAAUAAGUUAUGUGUUGAUGCAGGGUAUCAUAAUGUGCUAUGGUGUCCAUAUUGUGAAUAAAUAUUUUGCAACUUA